AUGAAGUUUUUAAUUUUCUUUUUCAUUUUUUUAAUUUUUAAUUUUAAAUUUGUUCUUUCAAUUGCACCACCCACAAAUGAAUAUAAUUGCUUAAAAAAUAUAGUUACAAAAUAUAAACUAUCAACAGCUUUUGUACCAGAUACUGCUGGUGUAUAUCCAUUUUGUUCAAUAGGUUCUGUGUCAUGCUAUACAAAUGGAAGUAUUUCAAGCUUAAGAUUAAAUUGGGAAGCAACCACAACCGUUUCCCCAACAGCUAGUGACUUUUCAUGCUUCCCAUAUUUCACUUUCUUACAACUAUACCAAUUCACUAUUUCAACAACACUUUUAUAUUCAAAAAUUCAAAAUUUAAAUACUUUGGUUUUGGCAGGGUCAAAAGGUAUAACAACCAUUAAUAGUCAAUUGGCAAUAUACGAUCAAUUUUCAAUUUACUCACAAGAUUUUAACAGUGUUAUAAAAAUGUCAUAUUUAAAUGGAUUGGGAUAUGUUACUUUAGGUGGUGGUAAAAUAACUCUAGAGACUGAUAGUGCUGCAGUUAAAACAACAUUGAGAACAUUUUUAUUUUACACUAUGAACAUACCUGAUAUGACAGGUUAUACAGAUCUACAGUAUAUUCAAUUUUCUUUAAAUGAUGGAUGGAAUACAGCAUCAGCAGCAAAUAUUUCAAAAAUCGAUUGUGUUAGUCUUAGUUUAACUUUUCCAUCAACUCCAUCAAUUUCUUUUCCAAAACCUAAAAGUAGUAGUAGAUUUUUUUAUUAUACAAUAUCAGGAGCCACUCUUACCAAACCCUCAGCAAUUAUUGAUUUAUCAACUUAUAGUUUUUUAAAAAAUAUUCAAAUUUUAAAUCCUGGACCCAAUUUUCAUCUCAAUAAUGAUAUUCCUUUUAAACUUUCACAAGGAACUGGUCUACGUUGGGUUGGUGGAUCUCUUACUAAAUUCCCAACACUUUCCCAAUAUUCAUCCUCUCUAGAAAUUUCUAGUUCCAUAAAUACACCUCUUCCAGACUACACAGGGUCAAUUAAAUAUUUAGUUUUUUCAAACAAUUUAAUUACUGGUUCAGUUUCAUCAUCCUGGUGUAACACCCAUUUAGUUGUAACAAAUAAUAAAAUGGUUGGUACAUUGCCAAGCUGUAUAUAUUGUUACCUAAAUGAUUCAUCAGUUUAUAAUGAUUUUUCAGGAAAUUCAUUUACCAAUUUAGUGAACAAUCCAAUAUGUACAACAUUUGCACCAAAAAUUUCAAUUGUUAAAGUAAAUAACUUUCCAUAUAUUUUUGUAACCGGUACCGAUAUUGGCUUAAAGCCAACCUCUUAUUGGGUAUUUAAUAGUACACUUAAAUGUGGUACUUGGAACGCAGUUUCUUCUUCAAAUUAUUCAUGUUCCAUACCAUCAUUGAGCAAAGUUGAAUAUUUUUGGAUUAAUUUCGUACAACCAAAUAACAAAAACUAUACAUUCCCAGCAAUAUCAAAACAACCAACUCCAACAUCAAUUGUAAUAAAUUCAAACAAAGCCACAAUAACAGGUACAUUUUUUUCGAGCUAUUUAAACUAUGUUCCCCAAUCAAUUACUGUUGGAAGUGCUACUUGUUCCGUUACAUCAUCUUCUUUUUAUGAAAUUCAGUGUACAAUGACAACAACACCCUCAAAUACCCAAUUAGUAACCUUGAAUACAAACUCAUUAUCAAAAAAAGUUUAUAUCAAAACAACAAAUGCACUUCUUAACAACAAACCAUGCCCAAAUGAUUGUAAUGGUAAUUCCAGAGGUAUUUGUGAUUUAUCAACAGGACAAUGUGUUUGUAAUUCUGGAUUUGCUUUGAAUGACUGUUCUGGAUAUACCUGUGCAGACCCAACCUGUUCGAAUGGAGGAACUUGUAAUCAAGUAGAAGGUAAAUGUGUUUGUGACCCUUCACAUCAAGGAGAAAAUUGUAAUUUAAAUUUUAUUCAAUGUCAAAUUAAUGGUGGUAAAAUUUGUUCAGGUGCUGGUACUUGUGCUAAUCAAACUGGAAUUUGUACAUGCAAUACUGGAAGAACUUUAGCAGAUUGCUCAGGCUAUAAAUGUGAUUCUCAAAAUAAUUGUAAUGGCAAUGGUGUUUGUGAUGAAACUAAAGGCAAAUGUGAAUGUUAUAACAAUUGGCAAGGUAUAGAUUGUGAUACACCAUACAAAGAUUGUGUUGACCCAACUUGCUCUAACCAUGGCAUAUGUUUUAAUCAAACAGGUACUUGUCAAUGUAAUAGCUCGUGGCAAGGUGAAUUUUGUGAAUUAGUUUUCAAGCCAUGUCCCAACAAUUGUAAUAACCAUGGUUUAUGUAAUGACCAAACAGGAAAAUGCUCAUGCUCCCCAGAAUAUCAAGGGUUAGAAUGCCAAUAUCCCUAUCUACCAUGUGAAAAUGAUUGCUCAGGAUUUGGGUUAUGUGAUAAUAAAACAUCAGUAUGUACUUGUUUUGAAGGAAGAUUGGGUGAUAGCUGCGAACUAAUACAAUGCAAGGAUCCACAGUGUUCAGAAAAUGGAAAUUGUGACUAUAGUUUAGGUGUCUGCUCAUGUAAUACACCAUUCUUUGGUGAUACUUGCAGUUUAUCUCAAUGCUCCGACCCAAAUUGCUCUGGAAACGGCCAAUGUAUCUAUGAUACUGGAGUUUGUGGAUGUGAUAAUGGAUGGAAAGGUAAUAUCUGUCACGAGCCAAUCUGUUUAACAAAUUGUUCUAAUAAUGGUAUAUGUAUUCAACCAGAAAAGUGCCAGUGCAUUGAAAAUAGAAUAUUUGACGAUUGUAGUGGUAUUCAAUGUCUAGAUCCAACAUGUGGUGGAAAUGGUCAAUGUAAUCAUGAUAUUGGUAUCUGUGAAUGUAAAAUCGAGUUUACAGGUGAAAACUGUACCUUUUCAAAUCACUAUGCAUCAAGUGUUGAAAGUGUGGGUGAGGCUGGUGGCCAAGUUACAAUUUAUGGCUUCUUUGGCGAUGAACACAAAGAUCCACUUAUUAGAAUUGGAACUCUAGAAUGCGAAAUAGUUAACAUCACACAUGAAUCUAUAAUAUGUAAUAUUGGGGCAGGAACUGGAAUUAAAGAUAUCUUUAUUAGUCAAAAUAAUAUUGAUUGGGAGGGUAAAUCAUUAUUCCAAUAUAUUAAAGACUAUGACCAAUCAAAUGAAUGUACAUCAGCAUGCAACCUGAACAAUGGUAAAUGUGUAAAUGGAAAGUGUGAAUGUUAUACAGGUUUCAAAUCUUUUGAUUGUAACUCAUUAAAUGACACAAAUAUUGGAGGAGGUAAUUUAGUUGAAAGUAAACCUUCAAUAGAUGGUGGUUCAGGUAUAAUUCAAAACGGUGCAGCUCAAUAUAAUAUCUUAGUUGUAUCUUUAGUUGAAGUCGAUAUUGGUGGUAAACAUAUUAUCAAACAUAAUCUCGAAAAUAAUUGGAAAUUGAACAACAAAUUAUCAAACGGUAGCUUUUAUUAUUUCGAACAACAAUUAACAGAUUCAGAUACAAAAAUUUCAACCACAUUGGAAAUAAUAACAAAUGAUAAAGUUAUAGAGUUUGCAAAUAUAAAAUUCCCAAUAGAAAAGAAUUCAAUAAAAGUUUAUGUAAACAUUUCAAACUAUCAAUAUAAGAGCACACUUAAUACCCUACAACUACAUUAUAAAUCAAUAACUUCAAAAUUAGAAGACAGUAGUGAAUGCAACCAAAAUUCAAAAGAAAUAAAUAUUAAAACCAAUGACAUAGAAAAUAGCCAAGAAAAAGGAUCAAUUAAUCACCAGAGUUAUGUUACAAUCGAAAAUCAAAAUAAACUCCUAUAUGGACGUUUUAUAGAUAGGGUUAUAAGUAAUGGAAGACCAACAUUUGCUACUACAUCAAUUAUUGAAAAGGAUUCAAAAUCUAUUACAAUUUCAAUGAAUCUACCACACUGUAAUGAAUGCCUAAUAGAUCCCGAUUUUUCAGUGUUAAUAUCACCAAAUUUUGUUGAUUCAUGUAAUAAUAAUUCCAAAAACAACUAUAUAAUCCCUGUAGCCGUUGCUAUACCUGUUGCUGGUGUUUCCGCUAUUUCAGCAGCUUCCAUUUUCUUUUAUAAAAGAAGAAUUAAAAACUUAGAAAUGAAAAACAUCUCAAAAAAACUAAAUGAAUUAAAAAAUAAAUAA